UGUCUACCUUAGCCUUGAUCUAUAUUUAACAUAUAUUAUAAAUAAGUAAAGUUAGUGUAGUAAUAUUAAACAAUACAAUUUGUACAAGAAGCUGAAAAUAAAAAAAAAUGUUACAAAGAAUGUAUGUACUUGCUGUAAUAUUCAUGUUCAGUAUAAUUGGACCAGCUUCCGGAAGUGAAAAAUAUGGAGACUGUAUUAAGUAUAGAGUUGGGGAAAUCAAACCUGAGCAAUUAAAUGGUGACCGGUUUUGUUUAAAAGAAAAUGGAUAUGAGUAUUGUAAGGAAUUUAAUUGUCCGCCAGCGGCAUGUGAACUACCAUUAGUUACUCCGACUAACAAAUGUCUAUAUUGUGAAGGAACUUGCAGUUAUGGAGGAACAGUUUAUCAACUUGAUUCAGGGUUUAAGUGCCUUGAUGGAAUAAACAGCUGUAACUGUGGCGCUAAAAAUAUGAUUACAUCUACAUUUAUAGCCCAAAAUCCAAAAUCGAUGUGCAUAAAGAAAACACCUUAAUGAUAAUUGAUUAAUAUAAAGAAAAGAAACAAGACUGUGUGGACAUAAAAUUAUAGAUGUAUUUCCCGUGCCUGUUGACGUUUUGUUGUUAGAUUGUAGGA